CAGGGGGGAACUGACCAUUUGGAAACUCGGGCACUGCCCGAGGGCCCAGGGUCAGUAGGGGGCCCCAUGAGAUGCCCCUGGUACCUUUUUCAUAGGCUUUUUUGAGUUUGGGCAAGGACACAGGGGCCUUAUGAUACCCUAUUGCCCCAUGAGUUGUCAGUCCGCCCCUGAUCAGGUACACUUUCAUGACCGAAUUUCCAUCACUGAAACUAGUAGAUAUGCAGCCUCCAGUGCUAAAAGCAUCACUCUGAUA